AUGAGCAAGCGAAAGAGAGAAGAUACCGGCGACGAGAGAUCGGAGAAGAAACAGCGCAAGGGCUUCAGUGUCGGACCAGCUAAUCUUCCUGACGGCACCUAUCGUCGCAAAACGCAGAAGAUCAAGGAGGAUUUGAUCCAGAAGGCAAAAGUGAAAAAGUCAUAUGCAAAGUUGAGAUCACACAAAGAUGGGCAGGAGGAACCUGUAGCCAAGUACGACCCGUAUGCUGAAGCUGAAGACCCAACUCGUUCUAUAGCGCUCGUUCCGCAGUCUGCAGAAGAAGAUGAAGGUACGGCGAUACCCGAGAAGACUGGAGAGAUUCACCCACAGCGUCAGGCGAUGUUAGAUCAACCGGAGCGACCAGAGCCGACUCACUCGCAAGGUAGACGGCGAGAGAGGAAACCUCGAAGAGAAAAAGAUGGCAGCAAUGCUAACCAUGAAGCUAUUGCGGAAAGAAAAAGGGAUAUCAACAAACCAGCCAGAUACAAGAAAGAGUUUGCUCAAGCCGACGAAAGGAAGGCGCAAGAAGAGGCCAGGCAGAUUGCGCGUGCACAAAGAGAGAAGGAGCGGAAGGCGUUGAUCAAAGCACGCAAACCUGGGAAGGAUGGCAAGAUCAAGCUUGGGAGACAGAGCGACGUCCUGUUAAGUCGAGUGCAAAGAUUGACUGGGCAGGCUUAG